CAUAAAUCAAACACUCCAGUCCACAGCACAUGUUUUGUUCACUCUCCUGAAAGCACACAGGCACACACUCUGCAGCAAGGCAGGGUGAUUAUUUAAAGGGAUCUAGCCACUCAGGAGAAUCAUGACCAAGGAAUUGGACUUGAGAUCUGUGAUGGUUCUGCAGAAUGACUGCCAGAGGUAUUCCUACAAUGAAAUUGACACCUGGAAAUCGUACACUGAGAACCCGCUGACUGCAGCCAAAGCCAGAAUGAAACUGAGCAGCGACGACGAUGGCGUGGCUGCACUGAGCUUCCUCUACGACCACUACAAGCCCCCCAAAGAACAGAAAAUGCCUUUGUCCAGCCGAGUAGGCAUGUACGAGUCAAUUAAGAGGACGGGAGGCAACACACCCGAUUUGACGACCCUUGAGAGCUCCCCCCACUUCAUGAAAUUUCUAGCUGAAAACAUUUCCACGUCUCCAGAGGUUUUGGACCACAACAAAAGGAACCAGCCGCCCUGUGCCAGUAAACACGACCCCCAUCACGAUGAUUUCAUGGAGCCAACAUCGGAGGUCUAUGACAAGAAUAUACUGAGCUCCAUCUUUGACUCAAUAAUACUACCUCCACAACAGAAAUGGACAAUGGACAGCACAUUUAAAGAAACAGAAAUUGAGCCUCUGCCUUGUGAAGAUUUGUACCAUGAACCAACAGCUCCAGUUUACCCUGAAUCGUACACCCAAGCCACUGUCAGCAGCAGUGACUUUGAAUACUUGCUGGGCUCUCCCAAAACUUUAUUGGGGAAAUCUGGCGACGUUCCCAUGGCCUAUCUCAACAAGGGACAGUUCUACCCUAUCACUCUGAGAGUGACUGGGACACAUAAAUGUCUGAACCUGUCUUCCACUAAAGUCAAGACUGUUGUCAUGGCAGUGUUUGAAAAUGAGAAGAACGCAGAAACUCAGCUCAAGUGCUGGAACCACUGGCACUCUCGACAGCCCACCGCCAAGCAAAGGGUGAUAGACAUAGCGGAUUACAAAGAAGCGUUCAGCACAGUUAGUAACAUUGAAGAGGUGGCAUUCAAUGCUCUGUCAUUCAUCUGGAAAACCAACGAAGAAGCAAAGGUUUACAUUGGAAUCAACUGCCUCAGCACAGACUUCUCCUCACAGAAGGGGGUGAAGGGCAUGCCCUUAAACCUCCAGAUAGACACCUAUGACUGCGGCACUGGAACAAACAGGCUCAUUCACAGAGCGGCCUGUCAGAUGAAAAUCUUCUGCGACAAGGGGGCGGAGAGGAAGAUGAGAGACGAGGAGCGCAAACAAUCAAAAACGAAAGGCAAAGGCACAGAGAACAAUGGUUCCAAGAAAUCAGUGGUUUCACCCAGUUGUUGUGAAUACACAUAUUUCAAACCUCUGGAUGACCUGGUCACACAACCAGUCCUUUUCAUUCCAGAGAUCCAUUAUUCAAACAUGCAGAGAUGUGGCCUGGUACUUCCUGCUGCUCCAGAGGAGAAUGACAACAGGGCAAUGUUGAAAAGGAGUAGUUUGUCUUUCCAAGAUCAAUACAGUCCUCCUGCUAAACAGCCAAAGCAAGAAAAUCCGCAAAGAGUUCUGCUGUAUGUCCGGACAGACUCAGAGGAGGUCUUUGAUGCUCUCAUGCUGAACACUCCGGAUCUACAAGGUUUAAAGGAAGCGAUUUCAGAAAAGUACGGACUGCCAGAAGAUGCCAUUAGGAAAAUAUACAAGAAUUGUAAAAGAGGGAUCUUUGUGAACAUGGAUGACAACAUCAUACAGCAUUACAGCAACCACUCCGCCUUCCUCAUGGAAAUCACAGAAGUCAUGGGAGGGUUUCACGUCACGCUCAGGGAAUUAUAACUGAGGAGCCGCACGUACGGCCCCUUGUGAUGAACUCCAACUCCCUCAACACUUUCACUCAACCGCGCAGAAACUUUAUAAGGUUCCACGCUGCCUCAAACCUCUGACUUUAAUUGAAGCACUGCCACGGUAAGCAGCAAUUUCAACAGACCAACAGCCCGUUACCGAAAAGAACCAAAAGAAGCACAAGGACGUUUCUACAGUUGAUUGUUUUGUAAAACUUUUUCCCUAUUUCUUUUUUUUUUUUCCAAGUAUUUUUCUAACAGAAGAGCAUUUAUGGAAACGUGAUAUGCUAUAUGUAUAUAAACUCCCCUUGUUGAAGGGGGAAUCAGCUAUUUAAAUAUACUGUACAGGCUUGGCCACAUCACACUGCUGGUUUGGUGGAAAGUGAAAUACAAUAUGUUUAUGUGAUAUUGUAUAAAAUUGCUCAAUAUGCCUACCACUCUUCUCAAGGAAAGGGUCCAUUAUUGGGAAAACUUUUAAAACAGCAUUUUCACAGGGACAACCAGUUAAGUCUUAUAAAAGUUUACCAUAGUAAAAGCAAAGGAAAGUGCAGUAAUGCAUAGAUAAGCAUUGUAAAUCCCAGAGGUAUGGUCAAUCAUAGCAUAACAAUAAGAGAAAAAGCAUUGGAAAAUGAACGUGCACAUCUACCAUGGUAAACUUUUAAAAGGGACAUGUCCGACCGACUUUAUAACCCUCUGUAUGUAUCAGACCACAGACCUGUAUUGCAGAAUGUUGUUGGUAUUCCAAUUUGCAAAGCUAUAUUCACAUCAUUAUUUUUUCUCCAGCAGUUUGAUGUUCAUUAUGCAUACAAUUCUAUAACUGUAAAAGCUGUUGCUGCAGAGUCACUGCCUGAAUAAUCAGCUGCUACAGAA